AUGGAUUCUACUUCGCAUUUUCGAUGGCCAACUACUGUACACCCACCAACUCAGGCUAUAGAUUCCACGCCUGUCUCAAACCUAGGAGACGAUGGAAAUGCUUUUCGAGUUAAACCCGUUCAUGAGGGCACGCAACCGUGUGCAGAGUGCCUUGAAUUUUACUGUAUCUCUUCCAUCACUUAUCCACAGACUUUGCAGAAGUGCUGGUUGGAGGCUAAUCUCCUAAAAUCACAUGCUUUCCUUCUCAAUGAGAUUGGUGUUUGA